UCUCCACACCAGUUGUUCUCCACACAUCUUCCUCUCUUCACUAACCCAGGCCAGGAGUUGGAGAGGCUCACUCAGACAUUCCCUCCAACACACACGGACCUAACACCCCUACAGAACACACACGGCAGAGCCCAGAGGAACCAAACCGGAGUCUUCGUCCCCUAAACAUCAGUGUCGACUAGUAUGGAGCUUUUCGAGACCAACCCCUACUUCUUCCCAGACCAGCGCUUCUACGAGGCGGGGGACAGCUUCUACCAGUCCCGCCUGCCGGGCGGGUACGACCAGGGGGGCUACCAGGAGCGUGGGGGCUCCAUGAUGGGCCUGUGUGGUGGUCUGUCCGAGGGUGUCGCUGUGGGUGGAGGGAAGACAUCCCCCUCCGGUCUCUCCCCCCACUCUGAGCCCCACUGCCCCAGCCAGUGCCUGCCCUGGGCCUGCAAGCUUUGCAAACGCAAGACGGUCACCAUGGACCGGCGGAAAGCGGCCACAAUGCGGGAGAAGAGGAGGCUAAAGAAGGUGAACGAGGCGUUCGAGGCCUUGAAGAGGAGCACCUUGAUGAACCCCAACCAGAGGCUGCCCAAGGUGGAGAUCCUGAGGAGCGCCAUCCAGUACAUUGAGAGGCUGCAGACACUUGUCUCCUCCCUCAACCAGCAGGAGAACGACCAGGGAGCACAGGGCCUACAAUACCGCACCGGAUCAGCCCAACCCAGUGUGUCGUCGUCGAGCGAGCGGGGAUCAGGCAGCACCUGCUGUAGCAGCCCAGAGUGGAGCAACACCUCAGACCACUGCACCCAUAGCUACAGCAAUGAGGACCUCCUAAGUGCAGACUCUCCAGAGCAGACUAACCUAUGCUCUCUGACGUCCAUGGUGGACAGCAUCACAGCAGUAGAGGGGGCUCUGGUGGCCUACCCUGUACCUGUGGACAUUCCCAAAUGAACCCAGAGCAGCUGCCUUACGUGUGCUGUUAACAGGGCCCUGUUCCGAUACUUCUACUUCCAAUACAAAUCCACCCUUCUUUCCUCCUUCCCCUGAUCUGAUAUAAAUGGAUAGGUGAAAUCUAUGCAGUGGAACCUACCCUGCACCUAUCCAAUCAUGUAAGAUCAGUGACUGCUUCAAAGAAGGGAGGAAGGAAGAGCAGGGCCUGUCCCAGUCAGGUCCAAUUAGUCCUAGGACACCACACAGCACCAUACACCAACACACAACACCCCACACAGCACCAACACACAGCACCAUACACCAACACACAACA